CCUAACAACAGAAGAAACAAAUGAAUCCGAUUGGUUGGACUGAAAAGCUUGCAUUGUAUGUGUUGACAGUGAUGAACACUCAAGGAAGCCCCUAAUCUCUAAAUCCUUAUUAGUGAAAACUGUAACUGUAACAUGGCAACAAAUGUGGGUUUUUGGCUUAAAUACUUGCUUCAACUGGCAUUUGGUGUGGCGGCUCAGCUCCAGAGUCUGUUCUGUGGUCCGAUUGAUCCAUCGGCCCCAUCCCCUUCACCCCUUCUGUUUUCUUUUUUGGUUUUUCGAGACAGAGUUUCUCUGUGUAGCUUUGGAGCCUGUCCUGGAACUCGCUCUGUAACCCAAGCUGGCCUCGAACUCAAGAAAUCUGCCUGCCUCUGCCUCCUGAGUGCUGGGAGUAAAGGUGUGCAACACCACCACCCGGUUUCUUUUGUGCUGCCCCGUAUUAAACCUUGCCAUGAGUUAACCCCUAGUGUCUGCUUGGGUUGAUUCAGAGACUCGGACCACAACAAAAUGAAUAAAUAAACAAAUAGACUCCGAUCCAUUACUAAGGCUCCUAAGCCACUGCGACAAGCUGCAUGGUAGAACACCGCCCGUGAGUGAUGCUAUCUUUGGCAGGUCGGAGGUUAAAUUCAGGCGCCCCAUCGACUGUGCCCGCCCUCCAGUGCCAGGCCCCGCCCCCGCGAGUGCGGAAACAGAGGCACAACUCCGGAAUGCGUAAUUACUCAGUCUCCACCCCUCGGAAGUGCCCACCUGGUUCUUAGCCCGGAAGUCCUUGGGACUGAAGUCCGGAAGUUCGAGAAGCUGUUCCCUAGUCCCUUCCCGCUAAUUCGUGGUUGCAGGCUUCAUCCGUGUGUCUUUCCCAGCCGGGUCUGCUGUGAAGUGAAGCCCAGGUUCCAGGGAUGUACAUGCAGGUGGAGACACGAACCAGCACCCGCCUCCAUCUGACGAGGGCUCCAGGCAUCCGGUCUUGGUCCCUGCUGGUCGGAAUAUUAUCCACUGGCUUGGCUGCUGCCUAUUAUAGUGGAGAUAGUCUGGGCUGGAAACUCUUCUACGUCACAGGCUGCCUGUUUGUGGCUGUACAGAACUUGGAGGACUGGGAGGAAGCCAUUUUCAACAAGAGCACUGGGAAGGUCAUCUUAAAAACAUUCAGCCUCUACAAGAAGCUGCUGACUCUCCUCAGAGCAGGCCAUGACCAAGUGGUGGUCCUACUGAGAGACAUCCAGGAUGUGAAUGUGGAGGAGGAAAAGGUCCGUUACUUUGGGAAGGGCUACACUGUGGUACUCCGGUUUGCAACAGGCUUCUCCCACCCCCUUACUCAGAGUGCAGUCAUGGGCCGACGCAGUGAUGUGGAAGCCAUUGCCAAACUCAUCACUAGCUUCUUGGAGCUGCACCGCCUGGAGAGCCCCUCAGAACGGUCACAAAGCAGUGACAGUGAAGCUGAUGGCCCUGGUGACCAGAGCUGACAGUGUGGAAUGGCUGCUAGUAAAUGUCACCCACUUCUGACAUGUCUCCAACUGACUUGCCAAUUGUGAGCAUGCAGGCAGAUCUUGGACACUUGCCUAUGGCUCCUUGGGCAAUUCUUGUGUGGACCACCUGCCUUUUGCUUGUUUAUGCUUCUACGCUUUGCAGAACCAUGGGCUGGAUGUCUUCCACAACCCAGAAAGGCUGCCUCUAUCAUGAUGCAGGAGGUGGGUGCUACAUCCAGAGGAGGGCAGGAUCUCAGAACUCAGUGCCUUCUUCUCCAGAGUCAGACAGCAGUUCUGGCUUAGGCAACCUACUCUGUUUCGGAUAAGCUCAUGCAAGGGCAUCUGAGGUUCAAGAUGCCAGUCUUUCUUCAGCAUAGGCCUAGGUGCCUGCCUGCCUUCAAGAGGUCUUGCCACCCCAGCCUAUUGUAGUGAGAGUGAGACACCCACAUGCAUGUAAGGUGGACCCUCUCUCUGUGCAUAGUGGUGCCGACUUAUUGCUAUAAAUCCUGAUGUCUCUUGUCCCCAGUCAUAUCUCCUCAAAAUGGACAUUCUUGGUGGUCAGGGGCUUCCCUGAAGACAUCUUGGAAUGCUGGAUGCCUGGGUGCUGCCUGGCUGCAGAAUUCUCAGAGAAGAGUGCUGCUGACUGCUCUGUUCCUGCCUAGACCACUUGUCUAAGGUCCCAGCAGUGUUGUAGCACAGCUGUUAGGAACGGAAAGCUCUCCCCAGGUUGAGAGAAGCUUCUAGUGGAGGAAAGGCCACCUCUUCUGGCAUCCUGCAGCCUUUAAGACCUGGGAGCUCCUUUACAGAAAUCGAGUCUUAGCCUCUCAAGCCUUGGAAAGAAGAUAGACAUGUGAGACACACCCCUGUAAAUCCCAAUCUUAAGAAGUGAGGAGUGAAGAACGUUCAAGGCCAGUGCGGGGCUACUGGCUCUCCUAACAGAAGUUGGUACCUGCCGCUGAUGGCUCUUUUCUGCUCUUCUAGUUUUCUUCUGAGUGGAUUCAAGUCCCUCAAAAGUACUGUAUUCACACAGUUUCCAGCUUGGCUUCCAGGCCUGAAAGCUGUGGGCCUCUGGUCUGCACACAGCCUCCCCAAAGCCUGGCCAGGUAGAACUGGAAAACUGAGGAGUUAUAUAGACAAAGUCAAGGCAGUCUUGAGGUCACUGUACCUAGGCUGAGCAGGAGUAGUUAGGCCAGAACCUUUAACAGGUCUUCUUUGAAGUGACUGUUAUCAGCCCCUUGAACAUGCCAAAGUGAGCUUUCUAAAUGACAAAGUUAGACAGUAUUUUUGUUUUCCACAAAUGAAAAGGGGAGUACAGCUGUUGGCUUUUGGCUUGUUGCCUACAGACUCUUAAGGUACUUUAGACAAGGGAGAAGAGUCUCUCUCUUGGGUGCUGUCAUAUAUCCUUCCUUCAUAUACCCUUCCUGUAUUUCCCAGUGCUGGGAUUCAUUCCUGGGUGAAGGAAUGAAGCCCUUUUCAUAAGUCAGGGGGAUGGUAAAAAGCUGAUUCAAGUUUCUGUUAGGAUUUCUGCUUCUACUGGUCUUUUUAUUUCAUAAUUAAUAAAGCUCUACAUGCAGAUUGCAAA